AUUUUCCAUUUCCCAUAAAAUGUCUCUCAUUCCUAGCUUCUUUGGUGGCCAGCGAGCCAACGUCUUUGAUCCUCUAUCUCUUGAUCUCUGGGAUCCCUAUGAAGGCCUCUUCUCUUCUUCACCGGCGAGGGAAACCUCUGCAUUCUCUGCCGUGAGGAUUGACUGGAAAGAGACCCCGGAGGCUCACAUUUUCAAAGCUGAUCUUCCCGGGGUGAAAAAGGAGGAAGUGAAAGUUGAGGUGGAGGAUGGGAGGGUUCUUCAGAUCACCGGAGAGAGGAGCAAAGAGAAAGAGGAUAAGAAUGAUAAGUGGCACCGCAUUGAGCGCAGCAUUGGGAAGUUUUUCCGGAGGUUCCGGCUGCCGGAAAAUGCGAAGAUGGAUGAGGUGAAAGCCGGCAUGGAAAACGGAGUGCUGACAGUCACCGUGCCCAAAAUUGAGGAGAAGAAACCAGAGGUGAAGGCCAUUGACAUCUCUGGUUAAACUUGUUAUUAUAUAUCUUAGAUAAAACCAUAUUAGUACGUACUUUGAAUUCCAGAAUAAAAUAAAACCGUUUGUAUGUUGUAUGUUUGUGAGUUUCCUUAAUCUUUGGGACUGUAAUCCUUUCAUAAUUUUGAUUUUA